GCCUCUCUGGUGAUGCCGUGUCCAGAUUGCUAUUACAAGUAUCUCCGAAGUCGGAAUGACAACCGAGGCAAGCAGGCCUUUCUUGCUCGCCUCUGCGAGCAAGCUGGGCGUUACGAUGAUACGGUCACCCACGUGAAUGAAGUCGCGAAGGCCGGCGGUGAGUUCAGUUCCGAAGAGCAGAAGCUCCUCAGCACUGCAUAUAGGAACGUGGUAGGCAGCCGCCGUGCCAGCUUGCAGAUCAUCUCCUCCAGCGAGGAAUCGGAGUCAAGCAGCGAGAAGUAUGCGACUGCUAUCUAGGAAUACUGCUAUAAGAUUCUAAGCAAGCUUAAGAAGUUCUAUAAGGAUAUUUUAAAGCUGCUUAACAAGAGAUUAAUCUAUAAUACUACUAUAGGUAUAUUUAAGAUAUUCUACUAUAAGAUAUAUACUUAUUU